AUGUCGUCUUGGCUCUGGCCCACCGGCUAUGAAAACUUGCCGGGAUCCGAGUCUGCACGCGCCUAUGCGGCGGCGCCCACGAUGCCAAGCCGUUUGUCGGAGGGAGCGAAGCGCACCGUGCAACGACAUCUGCAAAGCAACGAAUUCAGCAACCGAAGAGUCCCCUGUCCGCCCGGCCUUCAGAUGCCAAAAGUCGUACCGGAUUCGCCUCCGCGACAGGAGUGGGUCUGCGAGACGACAGCGUUCUCUCAAUUGCGCUUGUCUGACCUAGUCGAUGAUGGUCACAAGCAAAAAGAAGAUAUAUCGGCCCCACAAGUGACGAUGGCCACGAGACCCGAACAGCCUACUCCAAGAAGCUGCUUUAAUUAUUCUUCAACACAACUGCGUGAAAUUGGCAAAACCGUCGUGUCGGAUCCUGAGGCUCCAAUUAGUAUUCUACUGCGCCGGCACGCGCUGUUCAAGGAUACUUUUAAGCGACUCGUAUUUGGCAAGUCCCCCAGCAAUACGACUCAAAGCUGUUCGCCGGUGACCCCGCUAACAGGAUUCAAGACAAACGCGUCCAGUGCCGAUCGCUCUCUGCCUGCUGCUAGCGACACGCAGCAAAUAAUUGAAAAGGCCCGGAAAGUCCGCGCUUACUUCAAGGAUAUGGGACCUGAGGAGGCAAGCUAUAUCUACUAUGGCAUCCGAAACGACCCUGACGCAUUUAUGCCCGGCAAAGCAUGGGAGGCGCUGGCCCGGCUCUGCAAGAUCAAGUACGAGGCAGCACGCGAA